AUGUGGAAGUUGGCAAAAGGCAUCGCGCUCUUCCAUGGGUCGGUUGUGGCUAUCUCCCGCGUGAUUCAGACUCAGUAUGGCGCUGUGAACGGCUAUUCCGCCUUCGACAGCGCCCCCGCCAACAUGUCUUUGGCCAACUGGGCGGACAUCACCGUUUGGAAAGGCAUACCCUUCGCUGCGACAACUGCUGGCGAGAACCGCUUCAAGCCCCCACAGCCUGUCGUUCCAUGGAACACGACACUAGAUGGCAAGGACUUCGGGAACGCUUGCCCAUCUGCCCUUGGCUCCGAGAACGACGAGUAUUCAGUCGGAGAGGACUGUCUGAGUCUCAACAUCUGGAGUGCGGCAAACUCGACAGACUCCAAGCUACCAGUCGUUAUGUGGAGUUACCCUGCCGGUUCUAGCUCUGCCUUCCCAUUGUUCGACGGAGCUGGCAUGGCUGACAAGGGCGUGGUAUUCGUCAACUACAACUACAGAACCGGAUCUUUCGGAUGGCUCGCGACCCCUGAACUCAACCAAGAGAGACUUUCUACUGUCGGUUCUAACAGCUCCGGUAACUGGGGAAUGCUCGAUCAGUUCGCUGCCCUGCAAUGGGUCCAUGACAACAUUGCCGACUUUGGUGGCGACGCGGACCAUAUCACCAUCAUGGGCCAGUCUGCCGGCUCAGCAGCAACUUACCACAUGCUUAAUAGCCCGUUGCAUAACGUUACGAUCCGCGGGGCCAUCAUCCAAAGCGGAGUUCGCGACCCUCAUGACCCGUUGGCAACCAGCCUGGCCGAGAACUACCGCACUCUGGAUGUCAACAUGGACACUGCAGAGAAAUACAUGGCCUCCCUGAAUUGCUCGGAUAUUGCUUGCAUGAGGACUUUACCAAUGGACGACCUCGUUACUCAGUUCUUGUCUUCCGAAUUCGACUUCACAGCGACGCUUGAUUACUACGCGAUGCCGGACACCUACCUCAACACCCUGGAAAACGGAAUCGCACAAGACGUCCCUGUCAUGACAGGAAACACACGAGACGAGAGCGGUGCAUCAUAUGGUCUCAAUAUUACCCUGAGCACGUACCUUUCCAAUCUCAACGAGACGUACAACGGGACUUGGAAGGACGCGUUCUUCGCUGCGUACCCCGCCAAUGAUUCUGCCACCGCAUCGGCAGCCUACAACGCCCAGUUCACGGAUCGUUCCAAAGUUGGCACUUACUUUUGGUCUCAGCUGUGGUCACAGAGAGCAUCUUCGCCGGUCUUCAACUACAUCUGGGACCAUGCGCCACCCGGCCAGGACCAGGGAGCAGCACACGAAAGUGAGAUCAACUAUGUUCUCAACAAUCUGUACGGGACGGAUUUGCCAUGGGAAGCUGAGGACUAUGAAGUCGCCGAAAAGAUGAACAGUUACUGGGUCAAUUUCAUCAAGAACGAAGAUCCAAACGGCGAAGGGUUGGUCAGCUGGGCAGCGGCAAGCAACGGCAAUGCUACCGUGAUGGAACUUGGGGAUGGCUUUGGUUCGCUAACCAUAGCGACGGACAGUCAGAUUGAGUUGUUCGAGAAGUGGUUUGAUUCUUUGGUGGCUUAUUGA